AUGCCAACGUGGACCCAAGUGCUGACACUGGUGGCAGCAGUGGGCACUGCGGUGCGCUCGAGCGCGGAUACGACCGACGCGACGUCGAUUUUCGGCCUCCAGCGAGUGCGAACGCUACAGACUCCGUCCGUCGCGACGAGACACCUCUUGUCGCUGUCGUCCGACAAGACGGACGAGCACGAGGGCAACGACUCUUCCGACUCGGACGAUGACGAGAGUGACUCGGCCGACGCGAAUUCCUGCGGCACGUACCCCAAUUGGGUCGGCCCGACCAUUGGCAAACCAUCGGACCCCGCGUUCGACAAGGCGUGUUGGCGCAGGACCCACAUCAUGAAAGUCUGUCCCUUUGGGUUCGACCGCCACUUGAAGAUCUGCUGGGCGCAGUGUCCGCUGGCGUACCCCGUGCGAUGCGGCUUCGAGUGCAUCCGGCAGAGCGACGACUGCGGCGCAGAGAUGUACGCCAAGUUCGUUAGUGCCGCCAACGCCUUCUUCUCGGUCCAGAUCAUGGGCGUCUUUGGCGAGUUCAAGAAACUGGCACAGCCCGUGCGCGUCGGGAUCAAGUGCGCCCGCGCCAUGUUCGGCACAAUGCGUGCGAUCGUCAACUACAUCCGCGCGAUCAAAGUGUCAAACCCAAAGAUGCCGCGGGAACACCUUGUGCUGGCGCUGUACCAGACGAGCUACAUCACCAUUGACCUCCCCGUGAGUACCGUCAUGUGCAUGGGCCGGAGCUACAACUGGCAAGUGCUCGAUCCGCUCAGUGUCGCCAUGGGGUCCGUCCAAGUGCUGGUCGGCGAAGCCAUUGCCCGUCAAGACAGCAUCCUGCGCACGUGGGGCAAGUUCAAGGCGUUUCUCCUGCGGUCCAACUUCACGUACGCCGUGAACGACUUGAACGAGACUGAGAUCUCGUCGCUCAAGACGGGUAUGCAGUCCCAGUCCAUGUGCGGCUACGAGCUGCAGCGCCUCACGGACCGCACGUGGCGCACGAUUGCCGAGAUGAAGCACGCGGCGCCCAACCUGUCGGAAGACGAGCUGCGCGUGGCCGUGUACCAGUCCGAGCUGAUGCUGCACGACAUCCCGACCGUGACGAACAACUGCAUGGCGCAGCUGGUGGCCGAGUCGGACGAGCCAACGGCCUACAAGACGCGCGACACGCUGCGCAAGACCUACAGCGUCAUCGUCGACGAGUUGAUCGACAAGGGCCACAGCGACAAUGGCACGUCGCUGGCCGCAACGCAGUACACGCGCGUGCUGGCCGACAAGAUGUUUAUGGCCGUUGCGACGGUCUUUUACAUUGACUUGACGCGCGUGUCGGGUCUCUUGUCCGAGUACAUUGAGACGCUCUGCGGGCCGACGCAAGUGAUUGGCGAGAUCGACGACGGGAGCGACUUCAAGACCGUUGGGCUGCGCCUCGUGGGCGACGUGUUCGGCCAGACGUCCGUCGCGUGGCGGCGGCGGGGCGACGGCGUGGUCCACAUUUCCCUGUGCAACACCGACGCCAAAGACGUGACGGUGAACAUGAUCUCGGCCGGCGAAAAGGUCGGCGAGCAGCUCGUGGCGGCCAACGCGACGGCCGUGUGGAACGCGACGGUCGAGCAGCUGGGCGGCAAGACGCUGUACUUGGACCGGUGGCGCCCGGGCUUCCUGGGGCUGCCGGGGACGGGCGGCGGGUCGCUGAAGCUGUGGGUGCCGCGCGCGCGGGACGGCGGCCACUUGGACCUCUUCGUGCGGGUGAAUGGCCCGCGUUAG